AUGGGUACUUUUGUGACCCUGGCGGAGGUGCUUGAGGCCCGGGGUUCACCACUGGAAGAGGAUGAGGUCUGGUGUCUUCUCCUGGCCACCGUAGAGGCCUUACUGGUCAUCUCCAAAAAGGGUUCAGGGAACAUGUGCAGCGUGCUAAGUCCAGGCUCAGUGCUGCUCUCAGCCAAUGGGAGCGUGGCCUUUAAGAGCCAUGUGCGCUAUGAAGACGCCACAGCCUCUUUCACUGCUCCUGAGGCUCAGCAUGCCCAUGCCGCCUCCAGCCAGAUCGUCACAGAAAAGAUGGUUGUGUACUCAUUGGGGAUGACUCUUUACUGGUGCGUGGAUUACCAACUACCUCAAAACCAGCCGGUGCAGUUGAGCGCGGAGCUGGAGGGCCUGCUGCUCAGUAUGUGUGAGGAAGUAUGUGUGCGGAGGCCCGAGCUGCUGACUGUGCUGGAGAGCUGUGAGCUGCACCAGAAGGCCGCCAUGCUGCCCCCAGCUCAGUGCUGUGUCCGGCAGCUGGUGGAGGACGUGUGCCGGAGUGCGGUUGAUAAUGUGUCCGUGUCUGAGAGUGGAUCCCAGCUGACCGACCGCAGCCAGAUGGUCCGGGACAGAUUACACAGAACUUCUUUUAACAACUCUCCAUGGGCCCUAAGGCUGAGGACCCCUACACUUUACACAUCUGAGCCAACAGGUAACUCUUUGGGGGUGCGUCAGCGGGACUCAUACUGCAGUUGGCAGCAGUUGCCCCGCAGUCCUUAUCUGGACAGAGGUCGUCAUGCCAACUCCAGGUCCCUCUCUCAGUUCAACUCCACUAUGAGCCUCAAUGACAAGAAACUCAAGGACAUAGGACCAGAGUUUGUACGUCUGUUAGAUGAGCCACCAGUUGUGCUAGAACUGCCUGGAUCCAUUGUGUCUAAGAAGGGGAAGUCUCCAGUCACUCAGAGGGAGCUGAGUGUGGUGAUGCCCAGCGGUCAGAGCAUCCAAGUCAAAUGUGAGGUCAAGUCCAGAGGAGGAGACGUCUUUGACAUGAUCGUGGCCCACUCCAAUCUGGUGGAGCAUUUCUACUUCGGCCUUGCCUAUAUAGAUGAUAAUGAGUUUUUCUUUGUGGACAAUGACACAAAAAUCUCCAAAGUUGCCCCAUGUACCUGGAAGAAAGUGCCUACCACCACGUUUGUCCUUUUCUUUAGAGUAAAGUUCUUUGUCAACGAUAUGUCACUACUAUUGCACAAGCAGACUCGUCACCAGUACUACCUGCAGUUGCGCAGGGACCUGCUAGAGGACCGGCUGGCCUGUCACGAGGAGACUGCUCUAUACCUGGGAGCACUGGCUCUUCAGGCAGAAUAUGGAGAUUGCACUGAGAUGUAUGGCAGAAACUACUACCGGCCUGACCAGUAUGUGUGCAAAAGUGUGAUGGAGAAACGUGCCUUGCCUUACAUUCAGGAGGAACUACUGCGACUUCACACCAACAAUGCACAAAUGCUCACAGAGGAGUCGGAGCUGGAGUUCCUUAAGGUGUGCCAGCAGUUGCCUGAAUAUGGUGUCUUUUUGCACCGUGUGACGCGAGAGAAGAGGCCUUUGGAGGGAGAGAUCCUUCUUGGAGUUUGUGCCAAAGGAGUCAUCGUCUAUGAGGUCAAAGAUGGGUCCCGCUCCACCAGCCAUAGCUUUUACUGGAGGGAGACUGCCACCAUCUCCUCAACGAGGUGUAAGUUUGUGAUCGAGUGCCGAGGCAGUAAGAAGAAGUACACCUUUGUCACAGAGAGAUCCAAGAUUGCCAAGUACCUGUGUGACCUGUGUUCAGCCCAGCACAAGUUCAACAAUGAGAUGAAUUCCCGAAAACUCAGCCACAACCUCAUGUCAGAAACUCCACCCAAACUAGGCACAUCCUCAGAGAGAGAGGUCAUCUGUGUCACGCUAAAAAAAGACCCUAAAGUUGGUCUGGGUAUUGUGAUUGUGGGAGAAGACACAGUGGGCCGGUAUGACCUGGGAAUCUUUGUGGCUUCCAUUGUUCCUGGAGGACCUGCUGAUAAGGACGGACGCAUCCGAACAGGUGGUCGCUUGAUCUCCCUGAACAACAUCAGCCUGGAGGGGGUGACCUUCAGUGAGGCAGCAGAGGUCAUGCACAGCAGCCCCGAGGAGGUGCAGCUCAUCGUCUCCCAGCCUAAAGUUAUCCUGAGCCCCAUCAGCAUGCGCUCUCCUGUCCUGAGGAAUGAUGAGUCUCAAACUGUCCUUACAGACAGUCGCUCUGGAGACGAGAGCAUAGAUGACUUAGUCUCAGUCACGACCACACCCAAGAAAAGCAACCGCCUCCACGUACCCAGAGAAGUGCGCAUCAUGGGGGCACAGGAUGGAAACUGCACAAGGCCAGAAGUGAUCAGUGUGGAGCUGAGGAAGAUCUCUGGAAGUCUGGGUAUCAGCAUUUCUUGUGCCAAUGCCCCAAAUGGAGGAAUCUACAUCAAAAGCCUUGUUCCAGGAGGGGCUGCAGAGAGAGAUGGUCGACUUCAUAUUGGUGAUAGAGUGGUGGAAGUGGACGGUGUUAGAUUCCAGGGCUUCACCUACCAACAGGCCGUGGAGCACCUGAGUAAAACUGAGGAGGUGGUGGUAAUAUCAGUGGAGCGCGAGUCCAUAAACCUGCCUCGGGUUUCUCUGAGUGUGGAAAGCUGCAGCAGUGGCUCCAGUAACAGCCCGUCCACUCAGUCCAAGAACAACCGCAGCACUGUCACACGCUCCUCUCAGAGAUCCUCCCGGAGGUCCUCCAUUACUUCCAGAGAGUACAGCUUUGUCACUGCAGAAAACACCCAGGAGGUGACUCUGACCAAGAGUGCUGUGGGACUGGGCUUCAGUUUCCUCAUGUGUGAGCUGGACCCACCCCGGAAAGACUUCAAAAGUCUGGUCCGGAUCAAAGAGGUAUUCCCCGGUCAGCCUGCCCAGCAGAGCGGACGAAUCCAAGAGGGAGACGUCCUAUUGGCCAUCAAUGGACAGUCACUCAAGGAACUCACCUAUCCGAAGGUGCUAAAGAUCUUCAAGAGUUCCCCUUCAGAGGUGUGUCUGACUCUGUGCCGACCUAACCCUGGGGUUCUUCCUACUAUUGAUCAGUUCACUGACACCUGAGCAAUGUCGCACUGUUGGCAAUGAACACUCCAAUCAACUAAG